GUCUGUUUUUGCUCCAACAUCACAAAAUUUGUGAAUACUGAAAAACCAGGUAGUUCAGUUCCUUGUCAUUUCACUUUCAAACCGCAGACUGAAGCUCCUCCCACUGAUACGUAGUUGGGCACUCAUGUCUUGCUGAUAUCUUACACACAGGAGAAAAGCAAGGAAUGCUAAAAUGUCAGACAACCAUGAAGCACAAAAAGAUGAACUGCUGGCUCUAUCAAGCAUAUAUGAUGAAGAUGAGUUUCGCAGGACAGAAUCAGGACGGGAGGGUGAGAUCCAUCUGUGCCUUGAGCUUCCUUCUGACUUUAAACUCAUAGUCAAGGAGCCAACAUGUGUAGGGUAUGGUAUAUCAUUUCUACCAAGUAUUCUGAGUUUUUAUCUACCUGUGGACUACCCUUCAUCAUCAGCUCCAGUCUUUACUUUAAGCUCCAAAUGGCUCACAGGAGAACUAAUCACCACACUUUGCAAGAGACUAGAUGAACUCUGGGAGGCGAACAAGGGAAAUGUGGUUCUUUUUACCUGGAUCCAGUUCCUAAAAGAAGAGACUCUGGAAUUCUUAGGCAUCCAUUCUCCACUUGAGAUCCAAAGCACUGCUGGUCAGUCUCAGGGAGAAUCUAUCCAGAAGCUGGCAGCAGAAAAAAGUAAACCACAUGAAUUAGACCCAAGAGCUGUUCAAGAAGUCAAUCCUCACACAGACAUACUAAGUCACCUGCUGGAUUUUGAUGAAGCUCAGAAGCAGAAAGUUUUCGAUGGAAAGGUCUUCUGUUGUGGGAUCUGCUUCUCUGAGAAGCUUGGUUCCAACUGUUUGCUUUUUAAAGAGUGUCAGCAUGUCUAUUGCAAAGCCUGCAUGAAGGAAUACUUUGAGAUCCAGAUCAGAGAUGGUAAAGUGCAGUUCCUUGACUGUCCUGAGCCGGAGUGUACAUCUAUAGCCACUCCCGCACAGGUGAAGCUUCUGGUGGGAGAAGAGGAGUUUGCCCGCUACGACCGUCUCCUUCUGCAGUCAAGUUUGGACCGAAUGGAAGAUGUUGUUUACUGUCCUCGCAAAAGUUGUUGCACGCCUGUUAUGGUGGAGCAUGAGAGCACUAUGGGCAUUUGCCCCUCUUGUCGAUACGCUUUCUGUACCCUCUGCAAGCGAGGCUAUCAUGCUCUGUCUCAAUGCAUUGCCACGGCUGAAGAAAUUAAGCAUUUACGGGAGGAAUACUUAGCUGCGAGUGAGAUAAGAAAGAAAUUUCUUGAAAAGCGUUUUGGAAAACAUGUCAUCCAGAGAGAGGUGGAGAAUUACUUUAGUUCAGAAUGGUUGAAGGAUAACAGUAAGAAAUGUCCAAACUGUGGCACUCAUGUACAGAAAGACAAAGGCUGUAACCGAAUGACAUGUACCUCCUGUUGGAAAAAUUUCUGCUGGGUCUGCUUUACUGUUCUCAGCGAUAAUAACCCAUAUGACCACUUCUCAGAUCAAAAGUCACCAUGUUAUAAACUGUAAGUGCCUUAAAUAGACGGUCUAAAAUGUUGUUUACUAUUCACUACCUAGUUUUUAUUAUUUUUGUCUUGACUGAUUUUGAAAGAUUCAUUUUAAUGCAUUUUCAUCAAUAAUCAAACUAAAAUAUAGGUAUGGUAAAGAUUUUGUUGUGUACUUUACUGUUUUAUUUAAAUCAUUAUUACUAUUUUCCUUUUAGAUUGCACUGACAAUAAAUAGAACAGAAGAAAGCUUUUUGAGAAGUUUCCUAAUCUGGCAUAAUGAAAGGCUCUCUGAACAUGAUUUAUUCAGUGUACUAAGCAUUUCUUUACUUUUUUAUUUUGUUUUAAUAAAAAAUGUUAACAUGUUUUUUUCAUGUUAAUUUUUCAGCAGUUGUUUUCAUUCUGGUUUGGGUGAACAUUUUGAACAAACCUUAUGUCAAAUCAUGAUCGACGAAACAAAAGACUUGGGCCACACAUGGUAAAACUAUAGGAUUGAUAUGA